GACGCCAGAAGCGGGCGGGUUUGGUGAGGCGGCGGCAAGAUGUCGAGCAGGAGGAGUAUCGGGGACCCGGAGUAUUUAACCAGGCGCAUCCCUCAGAAUCCCAGAUACCAACACAUAAAAACCCGCCUCGAUACUGGAAACAGUUUAACAAAAUACACUGAGAAGUUGGAAGAGAUCAAAAGAAAUUACAGAUAUAAAAAGGAUGAGCUGUUUAAACGACUGAAAGUGACUACUUUUGCCCAGUUGGUCAUUCAGGUUGCCUCUCUAUCUGAUGAAACCUUAGAAGUGACAAAUGAGGAGAUCCACAAGCUGGAAGAUGGUGAUUCUGCAGCUCCAGAUGCAGACGCUGAAGUCACAGCAGGGACGAAUGGGAAAGGAAGCCCCGAUGGGACACCUAGUCCAGUCCUGUUCAUAAACAACACAGGAGCUGGGGAAUCCUAUCGGUCCACGCUACAAAGUGUGAUAAGUGGCGUUGGUGAAAUGGAUAUAGAAAAGGAUGCUCCAAAGAAAGUGGACACUCAGACUAAAGACCUGCCUUAUCCCGACUGCCCCUUCCUGCUUUUGGAUGUACGAGACCGGGAUGCGUACAACCAAUGUCACAUUAUUGGAGCUUAUUCCUACCCUAUUGCAACGCUGUCUAGAACCAUGAACCCAUAUAUAAGUAGUAUUCUGGAAUAUAAAAAUGCACAUGGAAAAAUUAUCAUUUUGUAUGACAAUGAUGAGAGGUUAGCCAGCCAGGCUGCGACAACCAUGUGUGAGAGGGGCUUUGAGAACUUGUUCAUGUUAUCUGGAGGCCUCAAGGUCCUCGCGCAGAAGAUCCCAGAAGGCCUGAUCACCGGCUCGCUCCCCGUGUCCUGCCAGGUGGCAGCUCCCACUGGGUCAGCCCGAAGAAAGACCUCUCCCAAAGUGCCGCCUGCACGUGCUGAGAACAAAUGGAGAUUUUCUGCAGACGAUCUACAAAAGAUUAAGUAUUACCUGGAAGAGGAGCGUAUUCCUUCAGACACUGCCAGCCGUCUUAGCCGUGGCUCUUCAGGCCGCGGUUCCAAAGUGACGACCGUGAGGACCAGCCCCAGUUUCCCCAGUACCGCUGGCAACGUGGGCUCCCUCACCUCCCGCUCGCUCAGCAGGAGCAGCCCCCAGAACCGGCCCUGGAAAUAAGCAGCGGUGUCGUAUUCCGCUGAAUACCUGAAUGUCCAGGUUCUGGGAACCCCCGAGCAGUGCAGCCCAUUUGUCAUUUUAGGAAUCCGCAGAGAAAAGGAGCGGUGGUGUAUAAAUGGCAGCUCGGGUAAGGCUGGGGGAGCUGGAAUGGUUGAUGUUUCAUAGAAGCAGGAACGGCAUCGCUUUGGCAAGGCUGACUUUUAGGUGCUGUGUCAGGACAGUGUUGAUAUAACUGAUUUUGUAGGGGAGGGAAGAUACUGGUAGUAAAGCCUGUGACCAGUAGAAAUGGUUCUGCCAAGCUUGUAGUUCAGACAAAUGAAUUUGUGUCUGUAACAAAUACACUCCCCGUGCUGCGCCCGGAACCGUGGACUGUGCAAACAGGAGAACACAUGUGAAGUUUAAAAGGGCCAUAAAUCAUCCGUGGGCAAAAUCCCUGGUGUUUCAUAGCAGAGAUACGGACAUUCAGCAACUUGCCAAAAUGUUGGAGAGAGGAUUCCAUAAGGUUUUUUUUUUUUUCUAAAAAAUUUGUUAAUGAACAGAAGUCUUUGUAAUAAAGUUGGUUUUGGAAAUCA